AUGCCCAGAAUCGCACAUUCAGAGGAAAGUCUCAGCUACCUUGAGAAAUUCACAUUUAAAGAUGAUGACAUCUUCGCCGUUACUUAUCCAAAAUCCAUUAUAUUCGGGAAGUGGAUUGACCACGUGAAACGUUGGCGAAUCCUUGACCUUGGGGAUAGAAUUCUUUACGUCACUUAUGAAGAAAUGCUUCAGUCAAUUCGUGGAGUCCUUGAGCAGAUUUUGACCUUUCUUGGUCGCCAGCUCAGUGGAGAUGCUCUGGAUCGCGUGGUCGAUCACUGCACUUUCAAAAAUAUGAAAACAAACACCAUGUCAAACUACUCUCUAGUGCCACAAGAUGUCAUGGACCGCAACAAGUCUUCCUUUCUCAGAAAAGGUAUUGCUGGAGACUGGAAGAACCACUUUAGCCCUGAGCUUGACGUCAAGUUUACAGCAGCGAUUCAAGAGGAAAUGAAAGGAAGUAACAUCAAAUUCCCAUGGGAUGAGGAAUGA